UUUGAACGCGCGAGGGACGCGGGCUCGCGCGUCCGCCCAUCGUUCUCGCCGUCUCGCUGACAGUCGCGAUUUUGAAGACAUUCAAGUAAAUGAAAAAAAUCGAUAAUUGUCACCUUCGCCUUUCCAUUCGCCGAAGAGCGACUUUUUCGCGACAUGAGGGUCGAAUCGUCCGUUUCUUCUCCGUGCAGCGCGAACUCUCGCGCUUGGAUUGCUUGGAAUGUGGAGCACUGCCUACGGACUGGCAACGCGCCUCGCGAUCGUGUAAGAUGUUUUGCCGAUCCGCGUGGCGUACGAUAUGCGACAGGUUUCCUUUGCGCAAUGACGGUGAUGGAAGGUGUUAAUUUGUGAAAUAGAGCUGGUUUCCCAAAAUGGAAUUUCUGUAAAUCAGAAUAGUAAAUUGCUAUGUAACUUGCUGGAGCACAGGUGUUCAAACUUUCGCGGUAACUAGCGCGAGACACCACCACCGCAUUGAGGGUAGCAGCAUUAAUGCGAAGCUUCAAUUCGUGACAACUUCAUGCUUGUGAUUGAUACAAGAUCGAAAUGUCGCAAGAUAUCGCUAAUUGUAUUAAGACAGAACAAAUAAAGAAGGAAGAAGAGGAGGAACAAUUGAAUGUUCUCUUGAAGAAGGAGGACAAGGAGAAGGAGGAACAACAGAAUGUUUUUGUGAAGAAGGAGAAAGAGGAGGAAGAGGAGGAACAACAGAAUUAUACUAGAAGAAACAAGAGAAAUGAUCCAGAACUAUUGGAACAAACAUUACAGCUACUGCGACAAAACGAAGAGAUUCUACAGCAGCUUGAACAGCUGCAGCAGCUUGAACAGCUACAGCAACAACAACUACAGCAGCUGCAACAUCUAGAGCAACAUCAACUACAGCAGCUGCAACAACCACAGCUGCAACAUGAACAGCAGCAACAACAAACUGUAACUCACCGAAGACAAUGGCGUGGGAGAAGCCGCGGUCGAUGGCAUUAUUAUCGAGGCAGCGGUCGAGACGGCGCUUGGGGCAACGGUCGAGGUGGUCGUCGAGGCGGUCGUCGAGGCGGUCGUCGAGGCGGUCGUCGAGGCGGCACAAAUAUUUUUAUUUAUUUAUAAUAAUAUCCAUAAUUUGAAUAUUAUUUGUUAAUAUCAUUAAUAACAAUA